CACUAGGCUCCUAGAAAACCUGUAGAAGUAACCAAUCUGAUUAGGAAUGACUUGGAUUCCCCCUGAAUCACAUCCCGGAUGAGCUUGCAGGCCUUGGUGGAGUUUGCAUGUUCUCCCACUGCAGAAGUGUUUUAUUUUACUUUUCUAAGGGAUUUUCCUGGUUGUACUAGCACCGCCAGUAGUAGCUCUUAAGUGGUGUAAGCCGGCCUGUACUGACAUCAUUUAAGUGACAACAACUGAAGAAUGGGGGAUGCCGUGGUCAGAGCUGUGUUUUUGUUAGUGAGAAUCUUGAUCUCAUUGUAUGUGAUAAUAUGUUUAUUAUGUCUUCUUUACUUCACAUAUAAUAAUAAUAACUCUAUUUAAUAAAAGACAAGAUGUAUGCCAAGACUAUUUUAUUUAUUUAAUUAUUUAAUUGUAUUGACAAAAUUUCUGGGUGUUGUAUCCCUUUAGGAAAUCUUGAGUAUUUCCUUUCUCUUUCAGUGAUCACAUUGUUUGUUUAAGAUUUGAACCAAGUGUUUGGGGUUUGGAACCGUCAGGGACAAAGAGAUAAAAAAAAUUCUUGGAAAAUUGGUUUUCCCCUAAUAUUCACAAAGGAGCUAGUGCAAGCCUAUGCAAUUACUUUUUGACAUCACAAGUUCAUGGACAGGACUCAGACACUCCAAGCUGACAACAAAAACUGAUUCACUACUUUUCCACUGCUGAAUCAACAUGCUCAGUCAGUCAACCAAAACGUGGCGACCUUCUGUCCUUGCGCAAUACAGACCUUCUUUCAGUAACAAAACAUAAUCAGCAGAUCAGAUCAAGCUGAGCAUAUUUCUAUCAGUGUUAUGUAAACAAUCAAUUAAACUGAAAUAUAUCCCUGAAGCAGUGAACAAGUAACAAAAUGCUUUCCCUGUCUCUGGAUUUGGCUGUAAUAAGAAUGCAAAGGCUGAUACUUCAAAAUAACAAAUAACAGUAAAAACAAAAACCAACUCAAGCAAAGGGGGAAUACACGCCUAUCUAUAUAUUUAAAUAUAGGGCUAUAAAUCCAUUUAGUGGUUACACCAUUGUAUUACAGAUGAUAAAUGAUGCAACAUUUAGAUGAUCAUUUACCAUACAUUCCUGGGCCCCCCAACUGCUUCUUGGUCCCAUCUGUGCCAGCUGAGAUUUAAUCACCUCCAUCAAAUAGCCAUUAUUAUUGAUAAUUAUUUUAUCACUAAUAUAUAUGAUGAUUACAUUGAACAUGUUUGCAUUGGGUGUGCAGGUAGAUGCAUCCAAGCACAACCACUUCUCUAAAGCACCUUACAUUAUACUAAUAGUAAAAAUAUUUUUAGAAAUAAUUACUAAAGUGUGAUGAUAUGGAUCUCUGACUUUGCAGUUGACUAAUCAACCCUAUAUGCACUAAUGCUAUAGGUGUGCCAAACAUCUGUAGAAUGAAUUGAUUCACUGUAUUAUCAGGUCCAUACAUGUUACUUCUUUCACAUGCUUUUUGGCAUCACAACCUGUGGUCCCUCCUUACUAUGAUGCAACCUGAAGAGGCGGAGGAAAAGUUUUAUUUUGGGGUACAUAAAUUCUCAUCCUUGGAAUCUUCAAGCUCCACUGAAUAGGAAUACACAAUGGAGAUCAACAGACCAGCUGCAAAAGGUGUAGUGACAUUAUUGUGUAUGUUUGCCACAUACUCUGCACAAGAUUUUUGCCAUCACGACAAAGGGAGCCACAGCAAUGCAGGUUUCAGUGGAGAGAUGGAAGGCAGCCAACAUCUGCACUGUUGUGGAAAUGUGUCUUACAAGAUCUCGGAAAGUUCCUGCUGCAAUGGAAAUGUUACUCUGGGAUUAAGCCAGCUGGUGGCUGACUGCUGUGAUUCUGUAGCUUACAAUCCCCUUAAUGAGAUUUGCUGUGGUGGCAGGAUUCUGACUCGAAACAGCACUCAUGCAAAAUGCUGUGGCAAAGUCAUGUACCUGACAACGACUCAUUUGUGUUGUGAUGACAUAAUACUUGAAUUGAAGGAAAAUCAUUCUUGUUGUGGCAAUAAAACGUUUGACAUGACAACUCACUACUGCUACACUGACCUUACACUAGAAAUAAAGCCUUAUAAUGAAACUUGCUGUCCAAAAGUAACAGUAGGUUAUAAUGUGGAUCUUAUUCUCACAGAUUCAGAUUCAGAAUACCCGCAAGGCUCUUGUCCCACCUGCACACUCCCCAAAGUCUCAGAAUUUAUGUGUGGAUCGGAACCUUACAACCCCCAGGAAACUAUCUGUUGCUCAGGGAAACUGUAUAAAAAGGCAUCAACACUUACUAAGUGCUGUGGCAAAAAUUUCUACACUCUGUUAGAUGACAAUGUGCUGUGCUGUAAUGGAAUUCUUCAUCUCAAUGUGCCUGAGCAGUCAGAGUGUGUUGGAGGUGUUAUAUAUGCUCCACCAAACACUAUUUGCCAAAUGUUUGCUCGUCCCCGUCUUGGUGAGCACUGCUGUGGAGGAAAAACUUUUGAUCCUCACACACAUAUUUGCUGUAACGGACACAGCCACAACAAAAUGAAAGGCAAUUUCUGUUGUGGUUCAGAAGUCUAUGACCACCACAACCAGUUGUUGAGAUGCUGCUCAGGUCAUCUCUACAAACUUACACGUUUAAGUGGGGAGUGCUGUGGAAGCCAUCUGCUGGAAUAUAAUAACAAUCAAACUUGUUGUUCCUCCUCAACCAAUUCUAUAAUUUAUGACACCAAACCAAACCACCAUUGCUGUGGGCAUUACUACUUCAACACAUCCCUGUGGAGCUGCUGUGCUGAACAUCUCAAACCAACACCAAAGCCUAACAGCUCUCUUGCAGAAUACAGGCUUAAACCUCUAGCAGACCUGAUCCCAGAUAUGUGCAAUAAAACAGUGUUCUUUGGCAAAGUGGAGAGUUUGGCACUUGAAAAUGAUCAACGUCACGUGGUGUUGAAAGUUGUGUGGCAGGUCAACGUGAAAUCAGAAAGGUUCAUCAAAGACCCUUGGCUUCAUGUGUCCAUGGAUCACUGCAGCUCUCCUGACACGGAGAAUGGCAUGACCUACCUUUGGGAGGAAAAGCACGAUAGGAAGUACAAGCUUCUCUCUCACCCUGUUGACCUAACCUCUGACAUGCACUUGUUAUAUGCUGUAUGUUACCAAAAAAAGGGAUAAAAAUAUGGAUUGAGGUUUAUGGAUUAUGGCUUUUUGUCCUGAAGAGUUUUUUUUAUCCAACAUCAAUGCUAAGUGAGCCUUAAGACAAGUUUACCCUUAAGAGAAGCCUCUGUUACUGUACGCAGCAUUAUGGCAGAUGCCUCACAUCUGUGAUUCUUUUGCCUCAUCUGAUAUUUUUAUUUAAUCUCAAUGUUUGGAGUAAUGGAUUUAUAUAUUUAUUCAGUCAGGUAAAUUUUAAGGUUUGUUAAUAUAAAAAAUUUAAAAAGAGAAAUGGAAUUAAAUAGAGUUACUGAGUUCUCUUAAAAGCUCAAAAAAAGUAAUAUAUUUUAAGUGGCAAUACAUUACCUAAUAAGAUUUUUUUUUUUUUUUAAUCAUGCUGUAUAUCAUCAGUCUCAGGUCUGUUCCAAAUUGAAGUUUUUGUGUUUCAUUUUCUUUUUUUUUUUUUUUCUUUUUUUUUUAAAUUUUUUUUUGACCCAUUUACAGGUAACAACUGAAAGAUUAUCCUCAUUGGUUCACAUGCACCAAGUUUCUGUAAAAUCUGUGUACACACAUUAUACAGAAAUCUCAAUUCAUCAGUAAAUUUGCACUAAAAUGUAUUCUAAAUUUAUGACAAUUUAGAUUCAAUCAUACAUCACUGUGUUAAGAUAACAUUUCCCUUAUCUGUCUAUCUCAUCUCAUCUGUCUAAUACAUGUAGUGUUUUUGGAGUUAUAAAGUUCUCCAGACUCUUGCAUAGUGUCCAGUUUCCAUGUCUCUAUACAACUUUGUACACACUUUUCAUGUUAAAUGUUGUUACUUGUUCAAGUUUUAUUAUAGUAUUGCAGAAAAAAAACUAUAUGUAUAUGCUAUAUGUUUUUUUGUUGUUGUUUUUUUACAUUAUUUCUUUUCAUUGAAUUGGCUAUAUAAUUAUAGUCAUUUGUGAUUUUACAUCACAUCUGUUAUUUCUAAAUAAAAAUGUUAA